CGCGUCAGUAUCAUGUCCUUGUGCUAGCGUGCAUAACACAUGAUAUAAAGCAACAGAGGAACGACGCACUGGACACAGAUCUGAUGUCUCUACAGUUUUUGUUCUAUUUUAACUUUGUUAACCUAACCCAGCGCUAUAUUUAUUUUGGUUGCGAUCCACCCUUUAAUAAUGCAUUGCCUGAAACGUCUGCGGAUUACUAAUGCGGGAGUUUUACAACUGCUCAAACAUGCUGUCAACUCCGCACUAGUUGGGAGUGACAGCAAUGUAUUUUCCAGGAGCCAGCAACCCUUUCAGCUGUUCUGCACGAGCGCAGCACUGCAGCACAACAGUCAGCAACAUCAUCAAGCUGUCAAUGAUUUGUACCAAACAGAGUGCAGGAACAGCUUGAUCUCUGGGAUGGACCUUCUUUUCUACACCAUCACAGAGGGCAAAGAGAUGAUCUCAGUCUCUCAGUUCGUCUCUGCGUUGAGGAGCACAGGUUUGUGGACAUCUGAUCCCAGGCUGAGGGACUGUAUGCGUCAUCUGCGCCAGUCCAUGCGGGAAUCUGCCGGAACAGUCAUGGUGGACCAGAAACUCUUCAGGAAGUGUGUGGGUGCUAACAUCCUGCUGCUGACACAGGCGUUCAAGAGGAAGUUCAUCAUCCCAGACUUUGAGGUGUUUGCGUCCAACAUGGACCAGCUGUACUACAGUACCCAGAGGCAGGAGGGGGGACACGUAGCAGAUUACAUUCCUCAGCUGGCUAAAUUCAGCCCUGAUCUGUGGGGAGUGUCUCUAUGCACCGUGGAUGGGCAGAGGCAUUCUGCAGGUGACACCAAGGUUCCAUUCUGUCUUCAAUCAUGUGUGAAGCCACUGGAGUACGCCAUCGCUGUGCACGAGAUCGGCACUGAGCAUGUGCACCGUUACGUGGGCAAAGAGCCUAGCGGACUCAAGUUCAACCAGCUGUCACUGAAUGAUGAGGAUAAACCACACAACCCUAUGGUGAACGCGGGGGCUAUCGUCAUCAGUUCUCUGCUCAAGCCUAACUCGAAUAAGGCAGAGAGGUUUGAUUAUGUAACGGAAUACUUGAAGAAGAUGGCUGGCACAGAGUAUGUGGGCUUCAGUAACGCUACUUUUCAAUCAGAGAAGGAGACCGGGGAUAGGAAUUUUGCUAUUGGUUACUACCUGAAGGAGAAAAAAUGCUUUCCUGAGAAUGCAGAUAUGAUUGCAGCCCUUGAUUUCUACUUCCAGCUGUGCUCCAUUGAGGUGACCUGUGAAUCAGGCUGUGUCAUGGCCGCCACACUGGCCAACGGGGGCAUCUGUCCAAUCACAGGCGAGCGGGUGCUAAGUGCGGAGGCUGUGCGGAACACCCUGAGCCUCAUGCACUCCUGCGGAAUGUACGACUUCUCUGGACAGUUCGCCUUCCAUGUGGGCUUGCCUGCUAAAUCUGGCGUGUCGGGUGCAGUGCUGCUGGUGGUCCCUAAUAUCAUGGGAAUAAUGUGUUGGUCUCCUCCCUUAGACCAUGUCGGAAAUAGUGUCCGAGGCAUUCACUUCUGUCAGGAGCUGGUUUCUCUUUUCAAUUUCCACAAUUAUGACAACCUGAGACACUUUGCAAGGAAGCUGGACCCUCGCAGACUCUCACUUGAUGAUAGGAACAAGUCAGUGGUUAACCUGAUGUUUGCAGCUUACAGUGGUGAUGUCUCUGCCCUGAGGCGGUUUGCUCUCUCGGCUGUGGACAUGGAAGAGAAAGACUAUGAUUCUCGUACAGGUCUCCACGUGGCAUCAGCCGAAGGUCAUGUGGAAGCGGUGAUCUUCCUAACAGAGAUGUGUAAAGUGAACCCCCAUAUAAAGGACAGGUGGGGAAACACACCCCUGGAUGACGCCAGGCAGUUUGGUCGGGACAGGGUGGUGUCGGUCUUGACGGAGUACCAGCAGAUGUACCUAUGCAGUAAUGGGUCCCAGUCAAAAACCGAAGACCAGAGAAAAUUAGACACAGUGAAGGUUGUGGUUUGAGCUAGACAGGAGAGAUGUCUAACCAUAUUGUAUUUAAUACAAGAGGCGGGCAGUUUCAUUCCAGAUAGUUGUGCCCUUCCCCAAUAUCAUUGUUCACUAGCACUCCCCAUAACAGAUCUGAUAAGACUGGGUCGGUUAAAGCAAUAUGGCGGAAAGCAGGUGAACUUACCUCUUCUCAAGUAGAUAAGUGACAAUGUUUCAUAAUGAAAUGCAGCCCUUUUGUGCCAAGAAUCAUGAAGAGUUGUAGCUAAGUGAGUGAGUAUAUUUGAUAUGGUCACACGUCACUAUGUAUAAAGGUCCCAUGCACACUUUUUUUGUCCAGGUUGCUGCGCAUAAAAGCUUUAGGAGUCUUCAGGAGUGGACAGAAUCACUGUAGCACUGUAUAAAGUCGAUAUGGCACCAACAAGUGAUCAGUUGCUAGUCAGAGGGGUAUACUAAAAAGCAGGAUCAAUGCAUUAGUCAGCUAACUUUGAUUAACAACCAGAAAUAACUAUUGGUUGUCUGGUUCAUUAAGAAACCUAAACUUAGGUAUGUUUUUGAUUGUUGAGUCAGUCAGACCAUGCGCAUUUCAUGCUUCUUUAAAAAAAAAAAGUUAUUUCAGAAUAUUUUGGCAAGUUAGCUGGCUAAGGCAUUGCGGUAUACCACUCAGGUGAACUUGGCAGAUAUUGAUUUAUAUGUAUACACAUACUUUGUCCUUACUUAAAAUUGCCAGUGAUGCACAUGUUAUGUAUAUAUGCCACCAGUGUCUAAUUUAUUUAUACAAUGUUUUGUUUUUAAAUCAUGUAUGAGCAUUAAUAUUUUAAGGGAUUUUGACACCGCAUAACAUUACAUAUUAAUCUACCUCAAUAGGAAGUAGAACCGUUUCAUAAGCAGGUCUGAAGAUAUGAGUGAACUAAUAAGCCAUGUAUUGUGAGGAUGGGAUAUAACUAUUUUAAUUCUGGUCUUUUCUCCUUGUGUGGAUAAUUAACUUUUAUGUUAAUAUAGAAACAUGUUUAAAUGUGAUGAGUGAUUGAGGCUAAUGAAUAUUCAUGUAUGAUAGUGUCUCAUCAGCAUUUCCUGUUAUAUGCACAUGAAUGUUGUCUAUUUACUACAGAACAGACUGGUUCUAUAACAUCAAAACUAAGAUACGCAUCCAGGAUUUUCUUACUGUGAUUAAGUGCUGCUGUUUUACAGACUGCUUCCUCAGGUUAAACUGUCAAUGUGAGCUUGAUUGCCGUAUGUUAUGCUCUGCUGUAAAUAAAUUAUUGAAAAUU